GCCAAUGCUGAGCUCGCUGUGUUCCUAUCCAAGGUCGAUGAAAUCUCUCUUCUCACCAUCAACACCACCAACUUCUCGCCGUUUUGAUAUCGGCAAUUGGUGGAUGAGAUGGGCAAACCAGCAUGGCCAGGAUAUCUUUCGGAUAAUUGAAUGCCUCAUUCUCUCUUUUGUAAGAUGCUUAGAACUUGUCCAUGCUUUGAGUGACAGGUCUCUUGGUUCAUAAUUCAGUUGUGGGUUCUGAUUCCAUUCAGUAUGCAAUAUUUGUUCAUUGAAUCCUUGCCACAAAGGAUUCAUAUGGAGGGUAUAUGGUGGCGUUUGCUAGCAGAAAAUAUGCAGCAAGGUCUGUCCCUGCUUUCGUUGCAAACAGUACAUAUAUCGUGACCAGCUUUACUCUGAAGGGUAGGCUGCAAAAUUUGUAUUGGAAGAGAGAUGGCUGCGCUUCAUGCUCUGGCAACUCUAGUUUUGUCUGCCUCAACAAUCAGGACAGUGCAAUCAAAAUGAGUCAUUGUAAGAACCGAGGGGGUUCCGUAGAUUGUAGCCUUGGGAUACAACUGGCGUUUUCUGGCACAGAUAAGCAUGAUUCUGUUUUCUAGUUGUAGUAUGAAGUGAAGAACCUUCGCCAGUACUCCCUUUAUGGGCUUUAUUCCAAUCUCAAGGACUCUCACUAGCCAAUGCAACAAGUUCUCUGUUCACAGAUGCCAUGAGCUCUUGAUGCAGUGGAGCUGAGUUUGUUUGGUGAAUAUAGAUAAUGUGAUGCGUCGGAGACUUGGAGUAGGGUCAAGUGAAUAAGAGGCUUUGGGAAUUUUAAGAGCUCUAUUCGAGCCCAGGGAAACAAGCAGGCAAAUUGGCUUGAAGUAAUCGGGUUGGACCUUGGUCGAACAUGAUACUUUCACCUUUUCAGACCUUAAGAUAAGUUUGAGUUAAGUUUAAGCUUUGGGGAGAUGUAUCACUUCAACUGUUAAUAUUAAUCCUGAUUUUGCUACAGGAUUGUUGCUUGGAGACUUCGGAAGUAGAAUUUGAGUUAUGCUUUCCUACCCCGCUUCUACUUGGGUUGGAGUUAGGUACAUGCUCAAGUUCAUGUCAAACCAUUCACUCAAUUUAUAUGCUAUAUCCCUGAAUGUGUACUUGCCUUCCUCUUGGUGCUUAUCUUACCUUGGCAAAUCACAAUCUGAGCUGCUUAAAU